AAUGUCCUCCUCCACCCCCCACCAUUACUGACUCCUCUCUGUAUCCUGCAGUUGGAACUACCUCUUAUCAAUCAAACAACCAUUUUAUUAUGUAGCUGUUUAGAUUCCUAGACUGAUUAGCAUUUCUCUAUAAAAAAAGAACCAUUUCCUCCGUUUCAUCUUCUUUCUCUUUCUCUCCACAUCCCUCUCACUCUCUCACAGACUCUCUGUAUGUAAUUAUCUCGGUGUUAGAAAGCAGCAGCAGCAGCAGAAGAAGAAAAAAAAAUGGCAGUUAUGAGGAAGAAUAGUUCAAGCAACUGGGCAUUUUCUCUAAAGGUAUUACUUAUAUCUACUGGAGUUUUAUCCAUGGCGAUCAUUUUGAAGCUUUCUAUACCAGUAGUAUUGGAGAUCAUUAUAUCUGAAGCUCCUGUGUUGUGGAGUUCUAUUCUAUGUUGGUUAACUCCUCCGUAUCUUUAUGUGAUUAUUAAUGGGAUUAUCAUUACAAUCGCUGCUUCUUCAAGAUUUCAUCAGAAUAAGAAUGAUGGCAAUACUCAAGAGUUCAAACCAUUAUUAGUACCUGUUAAUAAUACCAUUAUUAGUGCUCCGGCAGCUAAUAAUUUCGUUGGGUAUGAUGAUACAAUGAUGAUGAUGAUGAAUAUGAAGAAUUCAAUGGAAAUUAGAACAGAAUUCGAGGGUAUGAUUGGUUAUGAUCGGAAUCAUCAAGUCGUUGGGUUUCAUGAGCAGCAGCACCAUGGAGUUGCAGAAAAGAAUCAAAUUAGCAAUGGUAUGUUUGGGUUUGGGUAUGAUCAUCAUCAUCACCAUGAAGUUGCAGUGAAGAAUACAAAUCUAGUGGAGUUUGAAGAUUCGAAACCAAAAGUGUAUCAUGUCUAUGAGCAGAAACAGGAAGAACAAAAAUUAACAAUUCCAGAAAGAAAGAUGAAGAACAGAGUGGUACUAAAUGAUGAUUUUAGUCACGACGAGAAGGAAAAUAGUUUCAUGAUUUCAAGAUCUUCUUGGACACCACCAAUCAUUCGAACAGAUUCAAUGGAGAAUAUUCAAAUUGACAACGAAAAGCCACCAGCUUCUUCAAGAUUCAAUCACAAGAAAUCUGUCAAAGCAAGUCCCGAAGGUGGAAAGACAUUAGGAGUGACGAAACCAAAGAGACAUGAAACACUGGAGACGACAUGGAAGACGAUUACAGAUGGACGAUCAAUGCCAUUAACGCGACACUUGAAGAAAUCGGACACCUGGGAAGCUCGUCACCAUCAACAAGAUCAAUUAACACCAAAGUUGAUGAAGAAAUCGGAGACAUUUACUGAAAGACACCAUAAUAAUAAUGAAUCGUCCGAUUCAUCUUCAGGUAAGCUUCGCAAGAAUACUCAUAAGAAAGAACCAUCAUUGAGUCAAGAUGAUUUGAAUCGGAGAGUUGAAGCUUUUAUCAACAAGUUCAAUGAAGAGAUGAGAUUACAGAGACAAGAGUCAUUGAAUCAGUACAAUGAAAUGGUGAGACAACGAUGAAUGAUUUUCAGAAAUUUUUACUCAUUUUUUUGUGGAAUAUAAAGGAAAUAUGAAGAGAGAAGCAAGAGAAUUUUAGUUUGUGCUUGCGGGUCUUAAUUUGUUUUAAUUCUUAUUUCAUUGUAUUUUGUUUAAUUUCAAGUUAAUUUGUUGGAUUAAAUAUUUAAACAAUAGAUAUAUAAAAACAUAAAUAUAUGA